GAGCUGUGGCUGGACGACAUGUACCUGAACAACAGCCAGCCGCUCCCUGUUAAUUCUUCUCCGUUCUACCUCCUCCCAAAGCAGUACUUCGCCACUUCCGCUGACCAAGCCAGGUUCGCGGCCCGAUUCAUCGAAUUCGCAGUGCUGUUUAAGAAAAAAAUCGACAGUGGCACCCUGACUCCCGACGUGCAAGGUCGGGGUGGCACUCGGCAGCCCCUGUGCAUGCAGACCUACAAGCAUUUCUUCCCGGCCUAUCGGAGGCCUGGCCCCACGAAAGACGACUUACUACUCGACACCGCCUCGCAGAACCAGGACCACGUCAUCGUCGUCUGCCGAGACCAGUUCUUCAAGCUGCGCCUUCCCCUAGACCAAGGACCGCUGGAUGUGGAGGCGCUGACGCGGCAGCUGCUUAGCAUCAAACAGCAGGCAAAAGACCCUUCAGAAAGGCAGCCUUCCGUGGGAGUCUUCACGACUGAACAGAGGCGCACAUGGGCCGGCAUCUACGUCAAGCUGGCACGCAGCAACGUGAACCAGAGCUCACUGCAGAGCCUAGAGACGUGCCUGAUGGUGGUGUGCCUAGACCGGCCGCUCAGCACCUUGCGGCGCCAUUACGCCAGCCUGCGCCGCGAGUCCGUCACGCUCGACCUGGGAACGCAGGCUGCCCAUCUGCUUCACGGAGGCUCGGUGGCCGACGGAAACGCCGCCAACCGCUGGUACGACAAGUUCAUGCAGGUAGUCGUCAGCCGUGACGGAAUCAACGGCGUCAUCUGCGAGCACUCGGCCUCUGAAGGAAUCACCGUUCUCAGAUUCUGCGACGAGUUCCUUCAGCACAUGCAGCAGUACCAUCAGCAGCAGACGCCUCAUCCUGGCUCACCGUCGAUUCGAACAAGCUCCCUGUGUUCCUCGUACCCUGUGUCCCGACUUAGCUGGGACCUCGGUGACGACAUGCUCAAAGCUCUCCAGGACGCCACCAAGGCCAUCAACACCCUGGCGGAAGACGUGGACCUGUACAUUCUGCACUUCCCGAACUACGGCAAAAACUUCAUCAAAGAGCAACGCAUCAGUCCCGAUGUGUACAUACAACUAGCUCUACAACUGACCUUUUACAAGGUGCACCGCAAACUGGUGUCGACAUACGAGAGUGCAUCCUUGCGCAAGUUCCACCUGGGCCGCGUGGACAACAUCCGCGCCGCGACGGCGCAGGCACUCGCCUGGGUUCAAGCCAUGUGCGACGCCGUGCCAGCUACGGAAGAAGACAAAAUUCAACUCUUCUUAGAAGCAGUGGCCAAAGGAACGGAAAUACUGACAUACACGGUCAAUGGCGAGGGACCGGACAACCACCUGUUGGGACUCCGGGAAAUGGCCAGGCUGCAUGAGAUUCCGGCGCCCAUCUUCAAUGACAAGUCGUACACCGACUUCCUCCACUUCAGACUAUCCACAAGUCAGCUCGCCACGGACAAAGGCAUCCUGGUGGGCUACGGCGCCGUGGUUCCUGACGGCUACGGCUGUGCCUACAACAUUGGUGCUGACCAGGUCUCGUACGUCGUCUCCUCCUUCUUCAGCUCGCCGGAAACGUCGUCCGACUUCUUCGCCCUGAGUCUCGAGGGCAGCCUGCUGCAGAUGCGAGAGCUGUGCCUCAAGCGGGCCACGCAGCUAAACAUGGCGCCACCUCCGGCACGCAGUUAGUGCGCGUCGCUAGUGCACAACGAAUUUCUCGGCCGCUCGGGUUUGGCGAUGAUCUUUCUCAUCAAUUUGCGUCAAAUCUUUCCCCGCAGGCAAAAUCAGUGGCCAUUUUUUGUGGACCUUUUGUUUGAGCUCAUGCUAAAGCCUCAUUGGAGUGGUCGCAAAUAAUUAUGUGCCAGCUCCGUGCUGUCGCCAGAUAGGACUGUUUCCAGUUAUUUUUUUUCAUAACCUGUCAUAUAAAUACCGGUAUUGUUUAUUUGCUGAAGGUGGGUUAGAGAAAUCCCAUUCACGUCUAAACCUCAAUUAUGCCAUUUGUCCAUGUAGACAACCAUACAGACGUAUGGGGACACACAUUCUUGUCCUUGAUAAUUUCGGUCGUGUACAGUACGCUAAAACCACUGGCUCACAGAAUUGAACUGUCAUCUUCACACAUUGCGAACUGACACGCUACUUCUGGCUAUUUCACUAGCCGUGCGAGUGGGAAGUUUAUCAAAAUUAUCGAGAAAUCAGAUGUUUAAUCUAGUAUGUACCUAUGUAGGCAUUAAGCUGCGGUGCAGUUGAUGCAGUGAUACCAAGUUCCACUUUCAUAAAACUAAAAUUGAGCAUGCCCAUUUCAUGCGUGUGUGACUAUUUAGGUGUGUUUACAUGCGAAGGCAACUCGACGCGAAACAGGGUUCUAGAGAAAACUUGAAUAGUCAUCCCCACGUUACACACCAGAAAGUUGGGUCGCCUUUUUUUGCUGUGAGAUCAACGAGCUUAAUGUUUUGUACUUGAUGAAACAACGUGACAAUAACGAAAUCGACGCUUAAGGACCCUUGAUAUAGAACUACGAGUCACCUAUUCGUAGGUUACGCAUUAUGAGCAAAAAACAAACUGGACAAGUAUAAGUAGGGAUUUGUGGCUUAACAGUGAGGUAGAUACGCCUAUGAAUGCGGCUGACACAACGCGACCACAUCACUCACCCUAUUCUUCGUCAUUACAGUGCUCGUGUAAUUCGACCACAAAUUUAAGAUCGCUGAGAAGCUGCAGAUGGUAAGAUUCGCAUGUUCAAAAAUAACGCAAUUUCUGGUGGUGGACGGGAAAAAAUGACACGUUUGUGUACUACGCGUAUAAAACACCCACGCCAAUGCAAGCACGUGUCUCGAAGCACUUUAAAAAGAAAACACCUUAGUGUAUCUAUGUCGCGUAGCCUCACAAUUGUGAGCGAAAAAAAUGGCAUGGCUGGCUAUGUCAUUCAGCUCUAAAUAAAA